UAUGAAGAGUUCGAUUAUUUUUGUUGCCGUUUUAGCGCUAGCCAGCGCGGAGUGGAUCGAUAUCGAUUGGUCCCAGGUCCGGCCAAUCGAGGACUUUGAUCACUACUGGGCUCGCCUCCCAGCUAAGCUGCAAUACCUGCGUAAACUGCAACCGGAUCGUAGAGUCACGUUCGGCCAGGAAGCUACUCCCGGUCAGUUUCCGUACCAGGCCGUUGUGCUGAUCUCCGUACCGGGAGGUACUGCUCUGUGUGGAGGAUCAAUUCUGUCCAAGAACUACAUUCUGACUGCUGCUCACUGCGUCGUUGAUGCUACUGGAGGAACUGUCAUCGUGGGAGCCCACAAUUAUGCGACUUAUGAACCAUCUCAACAAAGGAUCGCUUUUGGACUGAGUGGAAUUCAGUAUCAUUCAGGGUACAACCCGGAGAUUGUGCGAAAUGAUGUGGCCACCAUUCGCUUGAACAGUCCAUUAACAUUGAACGAUCGCGUUAAGGCAGUGCGUCUUCCUGCUUCAGGAGACUAUCGACAGUUUGCGGGAGCGACAGGAACCGUUUCCGGUCAUGGAAGGACGGAAAGUGGUUCUACUUCUAAUGUCCUCAGAUUCACUUCCAAUCCGAUCUUGAGUCAGCAGGAAUGCUUGGACUAUUGGCAAUGGCCGGAAAUUAUCGAGGCCCAGAACGUCUGUCUGGAUGGUGUUGAUGGCCGGUCGGCGUGUAAUGGCGAUUCCGGUGGUCCUCUCACUGUAGUAGAUGCUGGUAGCAGUAUACAGGUCGGUAUUGUCUCGUUUGGAAAUGGUUAUGGUUGUACCCUCGGAACUCCUUCGGUAUUCGCCCGCGUGACUUAUUUCAAGGAUUGGAUCCUGCAGCACUCGGAUGUGCAGCAAUAAUUUACAAAAUUUUGUGGAAUAAUCGACAAAUA